CAGCAUCCUUGGAAUCUGCGUAGCCUGCGUUAGCCCAUCGUCAAGUACAAAUUUCUGUUGCCGGUGCACGACGCUGUACGCCUGCGCAAAAGCGCAAAACUUUCGAGGACACGUUUUCGAAGGAAGUGGGUUACGGUAGUUGGCUGAAAUGAGGCUCCUCCCACGCGGCUGCAGGGUCCUCAGCGUCCGCCACGCGUACGUCCUGGCGCCGCUCCUCCUGCUGCUCCUGGUGGGGGCGGGGCUGACCCUGCUGCUCCCCGCCGCGGAGGAGCAGGGCGGGGCCGCCGGUCGCCGGGACGCCCGCGAUGCCGGAGCCCCCCAGCAGGGGGCGCCCCCCGCGGCCGCCGACGCGGACGGCUUCACCAUCAUCAUGCAGACGUACAACCGCACCGACGUCCUGCUGAAGCUGCUCAACCACUACCAGGCGGUGCCGCGGCUGCGCCGGGUCCUGGUGGUGUGGAACAACGUGGGCGCGGCCCCGCCGCGGGCCCUCUGGGACUCCCUGGGGCCCCAUCCCGUCCCCGUCCUCUUCAAGGAGCAGAGCGCCAACCGCAUGCGCAACCGGCUGCAGGCCUUCAGCGAGAUCGACACAGACGCUGUGCUGAUGCUGGAUGACGACACCCUGGUCAGCGCUCCGGACCUCAGCUUCGCCUUCUCCGUCUGGAAGCUGUUCCCGGAGCAGAUUGUGGGAUUCGUUCCCCGUAAGCAUGUGACCACGGCCUCUGGGGUGUACAGCUACGGGAGCUUCGAGCUCCAGGACCCCGAGGAGGCGGGCGGAGACAGGUACUCCAUGGUGCUGGUGGGCGCGGCCUUCUUCCACCGUCGCUACCUGCGGCUUUUCCAGCAGCAGCCGGCCCAAGUGCACGCCCUGGUGGACGACACGCAGAACUGCGACGACAUCGCCAUGAACUUCGUGGUGGCGAUGCAGCUGGGGGCGGGGCCCCGGGCGGCGGGCGUGUUCGUGAAGCCCGUGGACCUGCGGAACCUGGAACGGGACGCCCGCAGCGGGCACCUGGGCAUGUGGCACCGGCCGGAGCACCUGCUGCAGCGCUCGCACUGCCUGAACCGCCUGGCGCAGAUCUACGGCUCCAUGCCGCUGCGCUACUCCAACAUCAUGCUCUCGCAGUUCGGCUUCCCCAGCUACGCCAACCACAAGGCGCGCGUGUGACCCGCCCUGACCCGCCCCUGCCUUGCCCCCUUUCCCCCUGCCCCCCUGCCCCGCCCCUCCCCCUGCCCGCCCCCCUGCC